AUGGAGCGCUACGAUCGUGGAGAGGUUUUAGGUGAGGGUACGUUCGGUAUUGUGUACGCUGCUGUGCAGAAGAGUACGGGACGUCGUGUGGCCAUUAAGCAAUUUAAACGUGGUAAAUUUAAGGAUGGUGUCGACUUUACGGCUUUGCGAGAGGUUAAAUUACAGGCAGAACUGAAGCACGUGAACGUUGUGGAGCUGCUCGAUGUAUUUGUUGCCAACGAUACGAUGAAUGUCGUGUUCGAGCUGUUACCAAGUAAUCUAGAUGACAUCAUCAAAGACAAGGCGGUGGUCCUUACGGCUGCUGAUAUCAAGUCUUAUAUGCAGAUGCUACUUAGAGGACUCGCCUACUGCCACGAGAAUUACGUGCUGCAUCGCGAUCUUAAGCCUGACAACUUGCUUAUUGGGCCUGACGGUCACGUCAAGAUUGGUGAUUUCGGUCUGGCUAGAAUAUAUGGAAGCCCAAAUCGAAAUAUGACGUCGAUGGUUUGUACCAUUUGGUACCGGCCGCCUGAGCUGCUCUUUGGUGCGAGAGAGUAUAGCGGCUCUGUGGAUAUGUGGGGAGCUGGGUGUAUUUUUGCAGAGCUAAUGCUACGAGUCCCAUAUUUAACAGGUUUGAAUGAGCUAGAUCAACUUGGAAAGAUUUUUCAUGCACUUGGUACACCAACUGAAGAAGAGUGGCCCGGCAUGAGUUCGUUGGCUAAUUAUGUAGAGUUUACUCCAAGCGCAGCUCCUCCACUUGCAUCAAUUUUCUCUGCGGCGUCUGAAGACGCUUUGGAUCUUCUGGCCAAGCUGCUAAGAUAUAAUCCCACUGAUCGAAUUUCUGCAGCAGAGGCAUUAAAACAUCCGUACUUUGCCAACUCACCAGCUCCUACUCCAGUUGAAAAGUUGCCAUCAACACCAGCCUUACCACAGACAUAA